UUCAAAAAACUCAGAAGCAGCUGGAGAAACCCAUCAAACCUCCUGAAAAUUUCAAUCUCAUCCACACAGAAAUGCAUGAAAAUGGAGAGCAUUUACCGGCCGUCGAUCUUCCUACAGUGACUGAAACCGACGGCGGAAACUCGUCGGGCGGUUACUCGAAGGAGAACCUCGAUGUCUCAGAUGACCGAGACUCUGUUUGUCGGAAUUCCUCUGAAUCGAUUGCAGGAGAGCUCUCUCAGAAUUCCGAUACCGGCAAAUCGGUACCGGAGAAUUCAGAGCAUCUGGAAUUCUGCAAUGAACCAUCAGGAUCAGGGCCGAUUGUUCAAAGUGGGGAUUCGGGCUUUGAUGCGUUUGUCCUAUACAAAGAAGUGACUGCCAGAGGAGGAUUUGAGAAGGUUACCAAAGAUGGAAGAUGGGGUGAAGUUGCAUCUGCUUUAAACUUGAAAAUCGAAGCUCCGGGUCUUUUUUUUCUACUUCAAGAAAACUAUGUGUAUCUUCUUGAGCAAAUGUACAUCCUUACAAUGCAAGGGGAGCUGGCUGCACCUUUUGGACUACUCCCAGCACCUGAUCUCUUCAAGAAGAACUUCACAGGCCAGGCUUCCAGCAAUCAAGACCAUCCAUCAGGGAAAAGAAAGCGCAAGAAAAAUUACCCCCCACCUAACACAGAUAAUACUGGGCCACACAUGGGUAAAAUCAUGACCGGAAUGAUCAAUACAAAAAUCAACAGUGGUUAUCUGAUAACAACCCAACUUGGAUCUCAGAAAUUUGAUGGGUUAGUAUAUCAUGUUCAAGAAUGUGCUGAUGUGCAGUUCGCCAUCAUCCCUGGGCUAGUGGGCACUGUGGGCCCAUAUUCAGAUCCAGAAUCAUGUCUUCAGAUCCAACCAUCAACACCCACUAAGUCAAAAUCAAGAUCGGGGUCGAAGAAAGCAGCAAUUAAGAAGGACCCACAUGCCCCACGGAGAAUAAGAACUGCUUAUCAAUUUUUCUUAAGCGAGCAGCUUGGCCGUUUAAAGAAGACCCAUCCUAAGAACAUAAGGAAAGUGGCGACAGAUGCUUGGAAGAGUCUCUCCGAGAGCGAGCGGUUGCCAUACAUCGAGGUGAGUCAGAAGGAAAAGGGAAGUUGCAAACAGGAGAGCGGCCCAGAUGCUCCACAAAGAACAAGAAGCGCAUAUCAGAUUUUCCUCUGCGAAAAAUACAGUCAGUUAAAGAUCCACCAAGAUACAGAAACAACCAACCUGAAGAUGGCCAUAGACGCAUGGAAGAGUCUUUCGGAGAGUGAGCGGCUGCCAUAUGUAGAGGAAAGUCGGAAGGAUAAGGAAAGGUACGAGCGGGAAAUGGUUGCUUACAAGGAGCUGCAGAACACUCAGAGUAGCAAUGCAGAGUACCAAUCUUGCCACUCUGAAUUGUCUGUCGAUGACUGCUACCAUGUGUCGCUCGAAACAGAACAAGAAUCCGGAGAAUUCCUUGUGUCGGACGAAUCAACGGCUCAGAUCGCUUGCCACUUAAUGGAAAAUGCCAAUCUUCUAACUGCAUCCCAGAUGGACUGGGACUUCUGUUAGUCACUUCACAUAUCCACAUGAAAAUCAGGAGGCAUUUUUUUGCAUGGGGGGCCUUUGUUUUCAUGGAAGCUUUUGGCAACAGAUGCAUGGUUAAGAUCUCAUUUCGACUGACUGGGAGCAGGCCAUCGGAGCAGAUGAGGUUAGUGGUGUCUGUCAUUUUGAAGUUGCAUAUAUGGUUUUGUUUCUUUCUACUCAAUGUGGGCCACGUCACGUGUGGAAUCGAUGUCGCUUUUUGCUUGGUGGGUCUUUUGCAAGAUGUGGCCCAUUUGAGAUCUAUCAAGGAAGAUUUUGCAGUUGGGUGCAUGGCUAAGAGGGUAUUUCAGCUGACUGGGUUUUGUAUAGAGCUUCCAUUGGCAGCUGACAAUGAAGGUAAGUCACAACAUCUUUUUUAA